GACAAAUUCAAAUUGCAGCCGAUUGCAAACUUGCAGUGUGCGGGAAGCAUACAUUAAUUUUUAGAAAGAGGGCCGUGGGGUACAGGCGCUUAGUACCAAAAGCAUGGUAUUCUAUUAUAGAAGGUGUUAGAAGAUGCUCAACUACAUUUUGAUUUUUGAACUAUAUUAUAUUCAAGACAAAGUGGCUGCAAAAUGCAACCUAGACUGGAAUGCAGUCCUAGAGCUUGGCUAGAACUUUGAUUUCGUAGCAAGGGGUAUAUCAUGAUAUAGACUGUGCCGUAAAAUACCUCUCAGAAACAAUGGGGUUUCCUAGCACUGGCAAGCAGUUAUACUUGGGAGAAGGAGACUUUUCUUUCACUCGAUCUCUCUGCGAGAAAGAUCAUCUCCCUAAAGGCGCCAUCGUUACUUGUUACAGUAAAGACCUAACUGAUGAAGCCUCAGACAACUCGGCCUAUCUACAAUCAACAGGCAUAACGGUGCUGACCGGAGUUGAUGCCACAAAGCUCGCUUCGUAUGAAGCAAUCAGUGGUAAUCGCUAUGAUUACAUCAUAUUCAAUUUUCCUCACACGGGUCACAAGAUGAAAAUUCACCUGUGCAGAGCGCUGUUGCGGGACUUUUUGGCAUCAGCAGCACCACUUCUAGCGGAUUCUGGCCAGGUCUGGGUGACGCUGUGCGCCGGCCAGGGCGGCACGGCCGGCGACUCGGUGCGCCGCGCCUGGUCCGACAGCUGGCAGCUGACGGCUCAGGCGGCCGCCGCCGGCCUCGUGCUGCGCCGACUGGAGCCGUUCCAGGCCCAACAGGUGCCCGGGUACCGGCCGACCGGGAACCGCGGCAGUCAGAGCCGCACCUUCCAUACCAGGGACGGUCUGAUCCACGUGCUGGAGGCCGGCCGGCCGCUGUGCCCGGACACCGUGCGCCGGCGGCUGCCGGGCGGACCGGCACGCCUGCUGCUGGACGGCACGCCGCUGCCGCUGGCCCAGUACUGGCUGCGCCGACUGCCGCCGGACGACAGCUCGCUGGCCGCUCACGUGGUGCGCCGGCUGGCGGCGGGCGCGACUCCCCGUCCCCGUGUGCUGGUGGAGCACGACGGUCGCUGUUACGGCGCCGGGCCGGCGGAGCUGAGUGACGCGGCGGCCGGCGGGGACCUCGUCUGCCGGUCGGACGGCGGCGGCUCUCCGGAGGAGGGUUCCGGUGCCGGACAGGACGUCCGUGUCACAUACACCGUACGGGACGGGGAGGUGGGCCCGACGGUGGCGGACGCGCCGCUGCGGACCCGACUGACCAUCAGUGGACCGGCCGACGCCGCGCCCGAGCCGCGACACGCGCUGGCCGCGUUCGGCCUGGUCUGUAAGAAGAGUCGCCAGGAGGACGGGCUGGAGCUGCGCGCCGGCUGCGGCUCCGGCUGGCUACCGGUGGCUCGAGUCCGGACGGGCGACACGGACAGCUCCACGGUGACGUUUGAUGUGGACGCUAUCACCGCGUGCUGGGUGCAGGAGGACGACUGGCGACACGCGGUGCGCUCCGACUUCACCGCCGACGGCACUGCGCUCCGCCUGCACAGUGUCUAUCCUCCGAGCUACUCGCUCGACAUGAGCUUCUGGGUGAGCGGCGGCGGCCCGUCGGACGCGCCCUUCUCGUGGUGCCGGCUGCGACGCGCGCUGCGGGCAGCGCUGGGUGAACUGCUGGUGCGGCUGGAACUGAUUGACGAGUACGAACAGCCGGACAGUGGACGGCGAGCGUGCACGGUGCGACUGGAGUACCAGGACCUGAGCGGGCCGCUGUCACACGGCGGCGUCCGACAUCUGCACGAACAGGUGCUGCCAGAGGUGCUCCGAGACGCGCUAGGUGUGGACACUCGGUGACAGAGUACGCCUCCAGGCAGAGAAUCGCUGCAGGAAUAAGGAACACUACUUUAUAAAUGUUUCGAAAAUACGACCAUCGUUAAAACUGACAUAUUCCAUGAUGACGCGUUUGUUAUCGUAAGUUAUCAAGAAGCUGUGAUAUAGUGUGUCGCUCAUCUUAUCGCUCUUAGUGUUCAGGGGGUUGUGAGUGGUAAUAAAAGGCUCAACAGCCGUCAGGCCGAUUAA